AUGGAAAAUUCAUGGUCUUUCUAUUCCAAAAUCAACACCAAGAAAGAUGUUGAUUUAUUUUCUUGCUUGCUCGUGGAAGCUUCUGGUGAUUCUGAGGCUGAUUUUGAUCCCAACGUAGCCAUUAAUAAAGAUCUUGCGGAUGAUGAUGAUGAUGCACAAUCAUGCAGCUGUGAUGUGUCAGAUGAUUGUUAUUCUUGUGUUGCUGAUCUCAAUGCCUGUAAUGAAGUUGAACAAGCAUCUAUUGAUCAUGUUGUUGAUGAUUAUAAGGACGAGGAAGAGAAGCAGGACAAGAAAGAGGAGCCGGAGGUUCAUGGUUAUCAAGAAUGGGCCAAUGGGCAUCUUGGGUUAACAGUAGAUCAGAAAUCUUGUGUUUCUGUUGAAUCGACCAAUGAACCGAUGAAUGAGAUGGAGAAGAACAGGCUUUUCUGGGAGACUUGCUUGGCAUCCUGA